UAGCAUGGCUCUCACAGAUCCAAACGACGUCUGCAAAAUUGCUUACGAUGGGAAUUUGCCGCUGCUACAACUCAAAAUAAGGGAAAACAGAGAUCUUGCUACAAAGAAAGAUGAAACAAGUAGAAUGCCACUACACUGGGCAGCAUCGACAGGGAAAGAUGAUGUUGUAGAUUACCUUCUUGGUCUCAAUGUUCCAGUAGAUGCUAGAGAUGAGUCAAACUGGACACCUCUUAUGAUUGCCGCCUCUGCUGGUCAUGAACAAAUAGUAUCACAGCUCAUUGCUAAAGGAGCCCAAGUGAACGCGGUCAAUAACACUGGACAGUGUUCGCUACACUACGCUGCCUCUAAAGAUAGAUAUGAAAUUGCAGAAAAGUUAUUGGAACAUGGAGCAGAUGUGAAUAUAUUUGACCAGUAUGGACACAUACCAUUACAUAGAGCUGCAUCAAAGGGACAUAUAAAAUUAGUGAAGCUACUUCUUCAGUACAUUGUGGAUGUUAACCACAGAGACACAGAAGGAAAUACACCACUACAUUUAGCUUGUGAAGAAGAAAGAGUUCAGGUAGCAAAACUUCUUAUACAGCACGGAGCAAAAGUAGAACUUCUUAAUAAGGAUGAAAAGUCACCACUCGAUUUAGCACCACCCAGUUUAAAGAGAUCGUUACAAAACUCUGCUUCAUGAAGGUCUUCGCCUCCUAAAAUCCAUCUGAUGUGGAGACAACUCAAAACUCUAGUAGUAUUUGUGAUUACUGCUUUUGCCAUUAGUGCUUCUAAAUAGAGGACAAGACCACAUACAUGUAUGUCUAUUGAAAUUGGAAAAUAUUUCAAACAGCUAUAGGUGGACAUCUGAAAGUGAAUUACAUGUAUUAUGAAUGAGAUCUGCAUAAUGAUGUAUUUUAUGUAUGUACAUUUUGUAUUAAAUAUGUUUAUGAAAUAAACUUAUUGAAAAUUGU